GGGGGGGGGAGGAGGGGGUCGGUGGCCUUCGGAAGCCCGAGAUUGGGUGGCGUUGCAAGGAGUUGCGCCUUAGCAUCCUAGCGGUUGGACUCCAAUGUGGAGGUCUGAGGCCUGACGCGGGUUGAGCGGGUCUGGGAGACGGCCCUUGGGCGAAGCGGCUCGGCCAGGUUGCCAAGACAAGGGCGCUGCCCAGCCACUUCAGCCUUGUGCGAGCUUGUACUAACCAAAAGGAUGGAUUUUACAGAGGCUUACUCAAGCACAUGCUCUGCAGUUGGAAUUGCUGCCAGAGAAGGCAAUGUUAAAAUUUUAAGGAAACUCCUCAAAAAAGGUCGAAGUGUGGAUGUUGCUGAUAACAGGGGAUGGAUGCCAAUUCAUGAAGCAGCUUAUCACAACUCCGUAGAAUGUUUGCAGAUGUUAAUUCAGACAGAUCCAUCUGAAAAAUACAUUAAGACAAAGACUUUUGAGGGCUUCUGUGCUUUACAUCUUGCAGUGAGUCAAGGACAUUGGAAAAUCACACAGAUUCUUUUGGAAGCUGGAGCAGAUCCUAAUGCAACUACUUUAGAAAACACCACCCCAUUGUUUUUAGUACCAAUCUACGUCAGAGAAGAUGAUGGGCAUGAAGAAACUCCACGUGGAGUUUGUGGUAAAGCUGUUGAAAGUGGACAGAUAGAUGUGCUGAAGCUGUUGCUUCAACAUGGAGCUAAAAUCACUGGCUUCCAUUCUAUGUGUGGAUGGAAUGCUUUGCAUAAGGCUUCUUUCCAGGGAAAUGCUGAGAUUAUAGAACUUCUUCUUAAGCAUGGAACAGACCUCGAAUGCCAGGAUGACUUCGGAAUCACACCCUUGUUUGUAGCUGCUCAGUAUGGGAAGCUCAAGAGCUUGGACAUUCUUAUUUCAUCUGGUGCAAAUAUCAAUUGUCAAGCCUUGGACAAAGCUACUCCCUUGUUUAUUGCUGCACAAGAGGGUCAUAUAAAAUGUGUGGAACUUUUGCUGUCCAGUGGGGCAGAUCCUGAUCUUUACUGUAAUGAAGACAAUUGGCAGUUGCCUAUUCAUGCCGCUGCACAAAUGGGCCAUGCAAAGAUCUUGGACUUGUUAAUACCACUUACUAAUCGCACUUGUGACACUGGACCAGACAAAGUGAGCCCUGUUUACUCAGCAGUGUUUGGAGGACGGGAAGAAUGCCUGGAAAUAUUACUGCAGAAUGGCUAUGCCCCAGAUGCACAGAUGUGCUUGGUCUUUGGGUUCAAUUCCCCUUUGUGUAUGGCUUUACAAAAGGACUGUGACUGCUUUGGAAUUGUGAAUAUUCUUUUGAAGUAUGGAGCCCAGUUAAAUGAACUUCACUUGGCAUACUGCCUGAAGUAUGAGAAGUUUUCCAUGUUUUGCUACUUUUUGAAGAAAGUUUGCUUGUCGGCUCCUUGGAAUCAUAUAUCUGAAUUUAUAACUUAUGCUGUUAAAGCACAAAAAGAAUAUAAAAAGUGGUUGCCACAUCUCCUGCUUGCUGGAUUUGACCCAUUGACUCUGCUGUGCAGCAGCUCUUGGGUUGACUCAGUCAGUGAUGACAUCCUUAUAUUUACUUUGGAAUUUUCUAAUUGGAAGAGACUUCCACCAGCUGUUGAAAAGAUUAUCUCUGCUCGUGCAAACUCUUCUUGGGCUCUUCCGCAGCAUAUGGCCUGUGUUCCAUGCCUGGCCCAUCUCUGUCGUUUGGAAAUUCGGACCAGUUUAAAAGCAGAACGUCUUCGUUCUGACAAUUUCAUUCGUCAGUUGCCACUUCCCAGAAGUCUGCAGAGCUAUUUGCUCUAUGAUGAGGUUUUGAAGAUGAAUGAAAUUCCAGAACCAGCAGCUAUUCAUGAUGGAGAAAUUAGUGAGGCCACCUGACAGCUCAUUUUUCAAUGCUGUUUAGUCACAAAAGAUGGGAAUGUUUACAGCUGGGCCUCCCAGUUCCCCUCCUCCCCAAUACUGUGAACUUCACUCAUCCUGCCUCACUUAGUUUCAUCUCCAAUGGACUUUGUUGUGUAGUAUUUGUUUACCUAACCAUUUUCUGCUGCUAAGCAGUGAUGCUGCUAUGGUGCUGGAUGUGACAUCGUUCCAUUUGAGAGUCAUGUUCACCUGUGCUUGAAGCUAAGGAAGCCAUAAACUUCCUAGGAAGAAUAUAUUAACAACUGUGUUUUGAAUCACUUACCAUUGUUAUUAUUUCACUUAGGUCUUCAUAUCCCAUAUGUUUAUAAAAAUAAAUUUUUCAAUGUUGGCAUAA